AUGGGGAACAGCACCACUAUCACUGAGAUCAUUCUUCUGGGACUCACAGAUGCCUGCAAAUUACAAAUGCUGAUCUUUGUGGGGCUCCUCCUGACCUACCUUAUCACACUGCUGGGGAACCUCCUCAUCAUUGUCAUCACCCUGAUGGAUCAUCGUCUUCACACCCCCAUGUACUACUUCCUCAGAAACUUUGCUGUUCUGGAGAUCUGGUUCACUUCUGUCAUCUUUCCCAAGAUGCUGAACAACAUCCUAACAGGAAAAAAGACCAUCUCCUUUCUGGGAUGUUUGCUGCAAAGUUUCCUCUACUUCUUUCUAGGAACUACAGAAUUCCUCCUCCUGGCUGUGAUGUCCUUUGAUCGAUAUGUGGCAAUCUGUAACCCCUUGCGUUAUGCCACCAUCAUGAGGAAAAGGGUCUGUGUGCAGCUGGUGCUGUCCUCAUGGGUGGGAGGUUUCCUUCUCAUCAUUGUACCUAGUGGCAUCACAUUUCAGCAGCCUUUCUGUGGCCCCAAUAUCAUCAAUCACUUUUUCUGUGACAAUUUCCCAUUGCUAGAUAUAUGUGCAGACACAAGCCUGGUGGAACUGAUAGGCUUUGUGGAGGCUAAUGUCACUUUGCUGGGCACCUUAUCUGUCACUGCCUCCUGUUACGGCCACAUCCUCUACACAAUCCUGCGCAUCCCCUCAGCCAAGGAGAGGCAGAAAGCCUUUUCCACUUGUUCUUCCCACAUCAUUGUAGUAUCACUUUUUUAUGGCAGCUGCAUCUUUAUGUAUGUCAGGGCAGAUAAGGGCAGUGAGGGAAAGAACCUGAACAAGGUGGUGGCUAUCCUUAACACUGUGGUGACCCCAGUGCUCAACCCUUUCAUCUAUACCCUGAGGAACAAACAGGUGAAACUAGUGAUUAGGGAAAAGGUGGGCAAGUGGAUCUCCUAG